AUGUCUUUUUCUGUCUUAGUGGAUGUGACUCUGGAUCCUGACACUGCACAUGCCUAUCUCAUCCUGUCUGCUGAUGGGAAACAAGUGAGACAUGGCGACACACGACAGAAUGUCCCUGACAACCCCAAAAGGUUCAGUCCUAUUAUAAGUGUCUUGGGAAAACAGGGGUUUUCUGCUGGCAGAUUCUACUAUGAGGUUCAGGUCAAGAGGAAGACUGAGUGGAGCUUAGGGGUGGCCAGAGAGUCCAUUACCAGGAAGGGAAAAAUAAAUCUGAGCCCUGGGAAUGGAUACUGGACAAUAUGGCUGCGUAAUGGUACUUAUGCAGCACUAGUUGAUACCGUUGUUCCCCUCUCCCUGAAAGAGAAGCCCCAGAGGGUGGGGGUGUUUGUGGAUUAUGAGGCAGGUCUGGUCUCCUUUUAUGAUGCAGACUGUUGGUAUCAUCUCUACUCUUAUGCUAAUGUUACCUUCACUGAGAAACUUUACCCAUACUUCUCUCCUGGGCUUAAUGAUGGAGGUAAAAACUCCUCUCCUCUUAUCAUCUCCUCAGUUCAUAUCUGCCCUAUCAAGUAA